CACUCAGAGAGGAGAAGUUGACCUUGUGAGACGGACGUCAGCUGGGGCCCAAAUUUGCUGCUGCUGCCGCCUCACGGGCGUUUGUUGUUGACGGAGACCCGUGGAAGUUUAUCGGGCUUUGGAGCUGUUGUCGCAAUGGUCUGCAUUCCUUGCAUAGUCAUUCCAGUCUUGUUGUGGGUUUACAAGAAGUUCUUGGAGCCUAUCUUGUAUCCUUUCAUUUCUCCAUUUAUCUCCCGUCUAUGGUCUAAGCAAGCGGUUAAAGAAGAAAUCGCUACACCAAAAACUGGAGCUUGUAAUUCAACAGCGCAGUCUGAAUAUGCAGCUAUGAAUGGGGAAUGGAAUUGCAUUGACAAAACUGCAAAUGACAUCACCACAGAAAGACCAGCAGACGUUUCAGACAAAAAGACUGAUUAAGACCUCAAUCAAGAAAUGACCUUGCAUGAUAUGUCCUGAAAGUAGUAUUUUAAAUGAAAUGGAAGUAGAUUUAUUAACCAUUUGAAAUUUAGUGUCCAAUAAUACCUUGUCAGUCCUUUGUAUUGCACUGUAUAAUGCUGUUUAGUGGUUUUCUUUUAAUGCUGUAAUAUGAUUCCCAUUUCUGUGAUGAACAAAUUAUUCCACUUGAAUUUUGUGACAUUUAAAUUCUUUGAUAGAGGAGUUUAUUGUGUUAAUGCAUAUAUUCCUUAGCUGAUGCUGUAGACGACAAAAAGGGAAAUAUGUUCUGGUUACAUCUGAAAGAAAAGCAAGCUUAUCUUGUGUCCACAAACCAAGACAAGUGAACCAGUAAACCUUUGCUUCAAUCCCUUGCUCACUGCUGAUUUAAGGAAAUGUAGUUGACUUUGCCCCUUGGAAUGAUGUAUCAUCUUUAACAUAGUGAAAUAUCCUAAGGUGAUCAAAGACUGAUCUUGAAAAUUUGAGUGAGGCACAAUCUACCUACCUGCUGUUUAUUUGUAUCCCAUUGCUCAUUAUAAUUAAUUACAUGAGUAAGGGUGAAAGCUUUCAGUGAACCACCAUCAUAUCUGCAUGGAUUAUGGGAGGGUAGGAUUAACUUUGUCAUUGGCAUUUGAGUAACUUUCAGAUUGAUAUAUUUUAUCAAUUUAAUGUAGAUAGAAUCACAGCUGAUGGGUUAUGCUUAUAGCUCCAAAAAAAUGCCAUCAGAGGAACUACUAAAAGGUAUUUCCAAAUGAGGGAAUGUGCAGGGUGCUGCUCUUGAGACUGUUAGAGGAAUCACUGUAAAAGAAAAGUGUUUUUUUUUUAAUAUAAAUUCUUAUAGCCCAUGGUAGCAUUUAGCUAUGUUCACAGUAAUGUUUGACACGUUAGGGUUUCUUCUGAGGUAUGGAAGUAGCUGUUCUUCAUUUUUCAGGGUCCACUCAAUGUGAUGAUACGACUUUGUAAGUUUCGCUUCCCCCCAUGUUUUAUCACUAGUGUUGUCAAGGCCCUAAAAAUUGCGCUUGUCCCAGUCUUGUAUACCAGUUGUGGAGUAGUCUUGGGAAAAUUCUGGCAUUAGCGGUUUACCCCAAAAUGAUACAGGAGAUUGAAAGAGGAAGGGAAGGAAAUUCAUUCUAUUGCAUACUGUCUGUAAUGCAAAUAUAAUUUGAGGGAACAAUGGUUAAAAUUGGUGCAAAAAUAAUUUAAAUGUUUUCACAAAAUAAAAGUUAUACAUUAUUUUCUUUUUUAA